AUGGACUGGCUCCGCGGAGUCGCAGAUGACUUUAGAGGAAGCUUGCACAUUGCUGUGGGCAACGAGCCUGAUCGGAGCGGUGUCUUCCAGGAUCGGGUGGUGGAUGUCAUCAAGGCGAUCAAGGCUGAGAUUCCCGAGGCGCAGGUCACUGUUCCAUUUGCAUACUCCAUCAUGCAUCGCAGCCAUCCAGUGGAGAAGUCCAAGCUGGAGAAAGAGUUUAUUGAUCGGUACAAAGAUGUCCUUCCCCUCCUGGAUUACUUCACCAUCAACAUCUAUCCCUUCCUCAGCUCUGGCACCAGAGGUGUCGCCAUGGACAACCUCACAGGCCCUGAGAUGAACUUCCUCAACGACCAGAUCUCUGCUUUGCGCAUAGCAUUGGACAGGGACUUCCCACACAACAACCUGCCGCUGGCUGUAGGAGAAACCGGGUGGCCAAGCUGCGGCGCCGCCAGCUCCACGCCUUAUUCUUACGCGACGCUGCCCUUCUCAGAGCGGUUCGUGAAGAACGUGGCGCUGUGGAUGGAAUCCAGCCUCUCAGAUGGGCGCAUCAUUUCCGGGCAGCUAUUUACUGCGUUCGACGAAGAGACGAAAGGAACAAGACCUAGCGAGCGCUACUACGGCAUUCUGACGUCAAAGGGAGAGGAAAUGGACGGCUCCCUGUGCUCCUUCCAGCAAUAUCUCUACGAUCGCUGGGCAUCCUGCCCGCCAACUGCGCGGAUUCCUGGGGACUUUGUGCCAGUGGAAUCGCACAUGGUCUAUGCAAAGAAAAUGGCGCAGACCAAAUGCUGGAGCCAGCGCUUGGCUGACAAGUAUUCCGACCGCGGUGCCGUUAGCAAGCCCAACGUUUCGCACCUGACCGCGCCGCACAACAAGCAGGCAAAGGCGCCGUCGGAUCGCUGGGACGCGAGCUCCUCGGAGGUGAGUCCACUACCGGACCGCUUUGUGGCUUGGCACGGGGUGUGCCAGCCCUUUUUUGAAGCAGGGAUCCGCGAGGUCUUCUGGAUCAACCUGGAGCAGUCGAAAGACCGUCGCACGGCCAUGGAGAAGAUGUUUUCAUCUCUUCGGCAGACCCUGCCGGCAAGCUUGACGCUGCAAGUCGUGCGGGUACCAGCAGUCACUGCAGAGGAGGUCAAGGCCAUGCAGCAGAAGGGCGCUUUGGCGGUUGAAGCCAAACUGAUUGAUGCCUGUACGGAUGCGUGCCCGCAGCAUCAUGCCAGGAGCGAGCUGCUGUACACAGAGAUGGCUUGCAGCCUUUCUCACUUGCGCGCCAUCGAGCAGGCUUUGGCAGGCAAUUCCGGCUUGGCCCUGAUGAUGGAGGACGACAUCGAGAUCUAUCCGGAAUUCGGUGCAGACUUGGAGCGCCUGCUCGCUCAAGCGCCAGAAGGAUGGAGCGCCUUGCAGAUGUCGACCGUCAGCACCAAGGCGAUUCUGCAGCUCGCGAGCUCGGGGGUCUUCUUCCAACCACGGGAGAGGCACUUCUAUGGCACGGGGUGCCUUGGCGAGCCUUCGGUUGAAGCGACGCGGCAUUUCCAGGCCAAGCCAGGAACGCCUGGUGCUGAUUCCUUGCAGGACGGGCCGCCGAACUUACCGACGGUGAUCGUUGCAGAUGCCUCUGAAGACGGAAAAUGCCCUGGCCUGGAAAGCUUCCGGGAACUUCGGCAAAUGAACGUCCGGAUGCUCUACCGAGUGUCUCGUGGGCGCUUCUCGAAGUGGGUGUAUUAUACGGAGGAUGUUGAGCAAUUCGCCAACUAUGACUUCCUGAUGGUGUUCGAUGCUGACAUGGGUCUCUCAAGCUUCCCAUGGGCUGACUACUUCCGGCGCUAUGAAGACUACACCUCGAAAUGGGGAAUUGCCCCGGUGACUGGCUCCGUGCGAAAUCGAUCGCCCUUCUACCCAUUGAAGGCAGAAUGGUGGACAAGGUGCAACCGCACCAGGAUUCGCUUCGUGGAAACCGACUUGAUUGAGCAGUGGUUUGCAAUGCUGACCGGAUCCUUUGCCACAUGGCUUCUUGGCUAA